AAAGAUGUCAGCGUCCUACUGUCCUUAUCCAUUCCGACAUAAACGAGCUUGCUUUAAAACAUAAGAUCAACACGCCCAAGUCAGCAAAAUGUCAUGUCCGAACAACGUGGCAGCCGGUUCGUUUCUGAUGGAUUCGCUGGUCGGAGAAACGUCUCCAUACAGAGGUGAAGGAUAUUCUGCUAACUCUGGGAUGUACAUAUCAACGUCCGCAGAAUAUGGCUGUCAGAUGAUGAGAAAUUUGGGCGUCGCUGGAAUGCCUCACUCCAAACGGGAUGAGCUGCCACCGAGCACCGUGCUAAUCAGCGGCUAUGAGCACGCGCAUUACCUGUCGCAGCGGGACGCCUGGACGACCGCCUCCAAAACUUACAGAGGUGCCCAACCUGUUGCCCAGCCUUUGCACCCAUGCUCUUUUACAAGUAGUAGCGUCAAGGAAGAGGCUAUACCUUGUCUGUAUCAGUCUGAUAUCGAUAGUCCCAAGGAAUCUACGGACUCCUCCACCUAUAUCCGCUUGGGAGACAAUAGCAACCACACUGAUCAAAGCGGUGUCUCCUCCGCCGUUUUUUUCCAAAGAAACCAUGUGUAUACAACUGAAAGGGUGAAUGAAGAAGAUGGGUUCGACUCGGACUUUAGCCGUAUUUCAAGAAUAACAGCUCCAACAGAGACACGAGCCAUCGAUUCGUUUGUCAAGAGUAGCAAGUCGCAGCAGGACGCAACGGGUGAGCAAACGAAUGCGGAGGAGCAUCGUGCGGAUAAGAGACAGCAACUUAGGAAAAAGGACGGCGGGUCGAAGAACGACAGCUGUACAGAUGAUUCUGAGAGCGAAUUGAAAGAUGAAGCAAAAUUGGAAAACACAACGGGAAACUGGCUAAAGGCUAAAAGUGGACGGAAGAAGAGAUGUCCUUACACAAAGCAUCAGACACUUGAGCUUGAAAAGGAGUUCUUGUUCAACAUGUACUUGACUCGAGAGCGCCGUCUGGAGAUCAGCAAGAGUAUCAACCUCACAGACAGACAAGUCAAGAUUUGGUUUCAAAACAGAAGGAUGAAAUUGAAGAAGCUUAACAGGGAAAGUCGGGUCCGGGAGAUAACGGGCUACAACUUCAACUGAAGACAGGACAAACAAGCAAAAAGCAACACAACUAUUUUCAAUCAUCUUUUUAUCAAUACUUCGGACUUUCUGUCACUCACACACUCACACACACAGACACACACACACACACACACACACACACACACACACACACACACGCACACACACACACACACACACACACACCAACUCGCACACAGAGAAACAUCGUUUGCAUUUUGUCAUAGGCCUAAGUUAACAUUGUCGUUCAGACUCAAUUCAGACUGCCGUAAUUGUGUAAAUUAGCGCAAACAUAAUGAAAAAUAUAAAACAUUUUCCAUUAUGUUUUGGAUCUUCGACUCGUUCAAUCCUUAGGGCAUGUCUUGCUAUACAUGAGCUAUCUACCGUAUGUCUUUAGAUUAGCUUGUUUGUCCUUAGUGCGCGUAUGUCUAAAACAAUGCGUACUGUGUACUUUGCAUGCCUACUGUUGAUUUGUCAAUUUAAUUUUUAAUUCGACAAAAUAUUAAAUAAAAAGGGGGUUGGGAAAUAUAAUGUCCUUGCAUCUCCUUCCCCUUGUAUAUCCUCUUUAGCUUUGAAAUCACGGUAAGGUACAGAGAGAGAGAGAGAGAGAGAGAGAGAGAGAGAGAGAGAGAGAGAGAGAGAGAGAGAG